AUGAUGCAGCGCUUUCGGAAACACGCAAAGGGGGGUGUUCAGUCCAAGAACAACGAAGUCGAAGGGCAUGUUGUGAGUAAGGACAAACAGCCAAUCGAGCUCGGAAUCCUUUCGUACGCCAACCUUACACCUGAUGGGAAGCAUGGGGAUUUUGCUUCAGCGUUGAAGCAAAGCCAAACGUCUGGCAAACCGAUCUUUGCCAAUUUCGUGGAAUGGCCGGGCUGUGCCGGUGUAGUGGAUGCGGGAAAGUACAUCUUUGCUGAACCCAGCAUUGCACGCUUGAUUCAAACACACUUUGUGCCGGUCGCGUUCAAUACGUGGGAUCGAAACGAUUGUGGCUACAACCAGGCCAUGAAGGCAUGGGGAGGACCUUUGGCCCGUUCGGAUUGGGGGUACGUUCGGAUUAUUGCUACAGAUGGCAGGACGAUUCUGGCAUCCACCCCAGCUGUUACCGGGCGUAACUCCAAGCCACAAGUUCAGGCAGCGAUUCGGGAAGCUUUACAGAAAUUUGCCGAGCACGACUGA